GGGAAAUCGGGAAUCUUCUAGUCACAGUUUUUGCCUAAGGAAGUUCGGAGAUGGAAGCCAGCGGAGGAAGACUCGUGUCGUUGAUGGUCGUUUCCUGUCUGAUGGGACUGACCUUAUCGGCGGAUUAUUGCGAUCCAGUGCUGUGUCAAACCGGCCACCUACACAUCGGGUGUAAUGCAACGGAUGACUUUGGAGACGCGUGUCCUCCCAACACGGAGGUGGUUCCAAUGGACGAUAAGCUUCGGGGCAUGAUUCUCGAUUUGCAUAACAGCCUGAGAAGCGAGCUGGCCAGUGGCAAGAUGGAAGGCUUCGAGUCGGCCGAACGAAUGACUGUGCUGGAAUGGAACGACGAGCUGGCCAAGCUGGCCGAGUACAAUACCCGCACCUGUCUGUAUUCCCAUGACGACUGCCGCGGAACGGAGCAGUAUCAGCACGCCGGGCAGAACAUCGCACGGAAGUCCAAACCGAACAACAUCACGGUUGAAGUGACGGGUGCCAUUCAGGAUCUGACCAACAAAUGGUGGCAGGAGUACGUCGAUACCAAUCAGACGGUGGUGGACUCCUAUCGGAAGGUGGGCGAAGGCGUCCACAUCGGCCACUUUGCACUGAUGGCCAGCGAUCGGAUUACACGGGUAGGCUGCGCCGUGAGCAAGUACUGGAACCCGGAAAACAAGCGCAACUACGUGUACUACGUGUGCAAUUACUCGUUCACCAAUGUGCUGGGCAAGCCGCUGUACAAAAAGGGAAAGCCGUGCUCCAAGUGCUCGGACAACUGCAGCAAAAAGUACCCGGGACUGUGCGAGGGUAUUGGCGAUGUCAUCGAUAAGGAAAUUUGAGAGUGACGCGAAAUGCCGACGGAAUUAUACACAU